AGCAUCGUCGCUCCAGCGGCGUUUUUGAGACUCCCGCUAAGAAGCGCCGAUAGAUGCGAACGGGUUCCUGGUCCGCGUCUUAGACGACGCCCGCGCUUGGCUCGCUAUCCUCUAGUCAAUCGUAUGGCUAAUUUCCUACACUCUCCUCCAGUUAUGUCCUCCACCCCCCUUCAAUUAUGUACUUGUCCUCGACUAUACCAUGUCUUCCAAUAAGCUCAGAAAUACCAGCACGAAGGAAAGCUCAGUUAGUAACCUGGUUGAUGUGUUAUGUUAGAUAGGUGGCCCGCAGUUUUCAACGCCCGGGUUCAGAAGCUCUCCAGUCUUGUGCUUGCGACCCUAAACAAAACCCCCAUGAGCGCGCGUCUCCCCACGAUAAAAGGGAUUUUUAAUAAAGACAGGAAGACCCUUGAAGAAACUCUCGCUGAGUACUUUAUUCAACCUGAGCAUACCCUUGAUGAGGGUAGUGAGUGUGAUAAGGACAAUCCCUCGGAAAUUUCAGCCGUAACCCACCCCAAGGAAGAUAUUAACCCAGAUAUCUCUGUGGCGCCCUAAUAUCCUUCCUGCCGGGUAGAGCGCAACAGCCAUUCCACAUCACGCCUGAACAGGAUCUAUCCCAGAUGCCAUUCUGUCCAAAGUGGACUCCGCCAACAGUAGACUUGGUCAGUGUGGCCACUUCCUGUGCCCGAGCGCCCACAAAGUCAACCCACAACCGGGCCAACGCCCACCAGCUGGUCAUUAUGCGGCCCAAAGUGAGACUACCAUUCUCUGAGCUUGUGGACAAUCAGCGGUUUACGGGGAUCGGAUCUCCCUUUGAUCAUUUGAAUGGGUUACGUUGCUUUGCACGUUUUUUCACUUGGUCCAGGGAAUGUGCGCACCCAGGAUCAGUAUGUCAAGACCGUGCACCUGGGUCCGCCCUUGAUGUACUACGGCGAGCCGAGGUGGCCAAAUGGCCAAAACAAGACUUCAAUGUUUUACUAGACAUUCUACAGCUUGCUUCACCGCUUACACUUCUUAUUCUUUCUAGAGAUUCGACAAUCGUCUUAUAUACCGCCACCAAGCAGCCACUUUAGCAGCUAACAGUUAACUAUUGAUCCAUUAUAUACCACAGCAAAUAAAGCAACACCGGCCCUCUUAUAUUAAUGCGCUGCUUAUUCAGUCACGUGGAAUGAACUUGGCUGAGCCUUGUACACGUUGCCGCACUGUACAGGGUAGAUACCCAUUUCCUGAAUGUCACCAGGCGCCUUUGGCGGAGUAUGUGCCAACUGCAAAUGGCCUGAUCGAGCCAGUCAGUGCUCCGUACGUGAUGAGCUGUGGCAAGACAUUGGACGGAGUCUACCAGCGCCAGCCAGGGACACUGCU